AUGGAUUACUCAUUAAAAGACUCUAACCCUAAUUCACUCCUUCCGCCUCCUCUCCAAAUCCAGAUUCGGAAUCUCUUCUCCUCUCCUCUCUGUCGCCAUCUAUUCUCCUCUCUGUUUCCCCUCUCUUCUCCUCCCCGUCGCCUCCGCCCUCCAGCCGUGCUCCAGAUUCUUGGCCGUCUGCUCCUCUCCACGUUGACGCCCCUCCACCCGACGACUCGUCGCCUUCCAGCGUCCAGCAGCCGCCUCCUCCCUCAGCCAGCCACGCCGCUCAAGAAGAUGUUGAAUAAUGAAAGAGAAGCCAUUGGAGAUAGCAUUGAUGUAACUAAAGUUACUCCCCAUGAGGAUGACAAAGGCCAUGAAAAAAAGAGAAGUUUGAUCAAGAAAAGGCUAAGAAAGGCUUUAGCUUUUAUGCUAAUGGUUGAUGAGUUGCCUAGAUAUGUAAAUUUUGUUGGUUGAUGUAUGUUAAUCAUGUUAUUAUAGUUUUGUGAUUUUUUUUAUUUUGGUUUUUCGGUUUUUUCAUACAAUUUCGGUUUUUGGUUGAAAUUUAAAAAUUUCGGUUUUUCGGUUUAA